UUUUUUCAGAUCUUAAAAUUAAAGUUUAUUUUUUAAACUAUUAAAAAAAAAAAACAAAACCUUGCGUGUCUUAAAACUGGGCUACCAACAGCCAGUUGACAAGUAACCAUUUUGCUUUGCAAUCAGGAGUUUUCAAGAGAGCUUUUAAAGCUGAGCUGAGAUAUUUGAAAUGUGGAACACUCUUGACCAUGAAAUAUGUUCUACUUACAUGCCUCAGCCUUUAAAAGUUCUUUGCAUUACAGUCAGGGAUUACAUUCUUCCUGGAGCCAAGCACGGGGCCAGCUGUGUAAGUAAGAAACAAGCCACACUUCUCCUUGGGGAAGCUGAUAGGAGUUUAAAAGGUUUGUUGCCGCGAGUGUCAGAAACAUUCCCAACUUCAUCACCAGCCCUUUACUUCCACCUCUACCCUACCCACUGGAGACCACUUAUAUACCUAAGAGGAGGCGACAGCUGAAUUCAGGAAACCAUGCAUCAUGUCAGCAGGAACCAACUGCAGACUUUAAACUCUGUUCAACAUGUGGAUGCAGCAGAGAAAUGACCUGUCCAGACAAGCCAGGGCAGCUCAUAAACUGGUUCAUCUGCUCCCUGUGUGUCCCGCGGGUGCGUAAACUCUGGAGCGGCCGGCGCCCAAGGACCCGGAGGAACCUCCUGCUGGGCACUGCCUGCGCCAUCUACCUGGGCUUUCUGGUGAGCCAGGUGGGACGUGCCUCUCUCCAGCAAGGAAGGGCAGCAGAAAAGGGGCCGCACCAGAGCCGCGACACCGCCGAGGCACCCUUUCCUGAGAUACCCUUGGAUGGUACCUUGGCGCCUCCAGAGUCCCAGGGCAAUGGGACAACGCUGCAGCUCAAUGUGGUGUACAUUACCCUACGCUCCAAGCGCAGCAAGCCUGCCAAUAUCCGUGGCACAGUGAAACCCAAGCGCAGGAAGAAGUACGCAGUGGCCUCACCAGCCUUGGGACAGGAGGCUUUGGUCGGACCAUCCCUUCAGCCACAGGAUGCUGAUGCUGAAGUGCCUGGGUACGUCCAGGGAGGAAACCUGGGCAAGGUUGGGGAACGACCCUGGAGGUUGAUACGGGGCUCCGGAGUGCAAGUUGGGGGCUCAGAUUUUCAGCGGCCCAAGACCCAGGAGAGCAACAUUAGGAUCUACAGUGAGAGCGCCCCCUCGUGGCUGAGCAAAGAAGACAUCCUCCGAAUGCGCCUGUUGGCGGAUGGUGCAGUGGCAGGUCUUCAGCCAGCGUCCUCUAAAAGUGGAGCGCACUUGCUGGUGCUGGAGGGGAGCUCUGCUGGCUCUGUGCCCCGCUGUGGCCCCAGCCCCUGUGGACUACUCAAGCAGCCUUUGGACAUGAGUGAGGUGUUUGCCUUCCACCUGGACAGGAUCCUUGGGCUCAACAGGACCCUGCCGUCUGUGAGCAGGAAAUCAGAGUUCAUCCAAGAUGGCCGACCAUGCCCUCUCAUUCUCUGGGACUCAACUCUAUCUCCAACAAGUAAUGAGACCCACUCUUCUGUUAAGCUCACCUGGGGAACUUACCAACAGUUGUUGAAACAGAAGUGUUGGCAGAAUGGCCGAGUACCUAAGCCUGAAUGGGGUUGUACUGAAAUACAUCACCACGAGUGGUCCAAGCUGGCACUCUUCGAUUUUUUGUUACAGAUUUAUAAUCGCUUAGAUACAAAUUGCUGUGGAUUCCGACCUCGAAAGGAAGAUGUCUGUGCACAGAAUGGUCUGAGGCCAAAAUGUGACAACCAAGAUUCUGUGGCUCUAGCACAUGUUAUCCAGCGAAAGCAUGACCCAAGGCAUUUGGUCUUCAUAGACAACAAGGGUUUCUUUGACAGAAGUGAAGAUAACUUAAACUUCAAAUUGUUGGAAGGCAUCAAAGAGUUUCCCGAAUCUGCAGUUUCUGUUUUGAAGAGCCAGCACUUACGGCAGAAACUCCUUCAGUCCCUGUUUCUUGAUAAAGUUUAUUGGGAAAGUCAAGGAGGCAGACAAGGAAUUGAAAAGCUUAUUGAUGUCGUAGAGCAGAGAGCCAAAAUCCUUCUUACCUACAUCAAUGCACAUGGGGCCAGAGUAUUACCUAUGAAUGAAUAAAAGGAUCUUCUGGUUAGAUUACUAGAUAAAGUUAUGCAAUUUUUUUGUUUUUGUUUUUAAAUAGGUACACAAGCCUCAAGUCUUUUUAGGAAUGAGGCAGUGUAGAUGAAUAUAUAAAGUAAAUAAAUUUAACCAAGUGUUUAUGAUGGGUCUGAGCACAAUAAGCAGGCUUAAAACCUUUUAAGAAACAUAUUGCUCAAAAAACGUUUGUUCACAUUUUUCUCUAACAUCAUGUCACGUGAGUCUCUACAUCUGAUUUUACAGGAUGGUUGCAGUUAUUAUUCCAGCUAGCUUUGUUAAAACAUUUGUCAUGCCGUUUAAAAGAACAGUGUAAGACAGAGGUACUGAUCCUUCAACAAAGCAUGUUUUAUGCCACAUUGACUGGUCUGCCCAAGUACUGAUGGGAAGGGCUCUUAACACUCUUCAGUCUGAUUGUUGAAACAGAGCUGUCCCAGUAUGACCCAGAGGCAGGUCCGCAUUGGAAAACUGAAGCAUGUGAUUUGCAAAAACAUCAGGGUGUACUAUAAUUCUGCACAGAAAUGGUGGGUUAUUUGCAAAAGCACCACUAUAUAUUCUGCUGUAUCUAUAAACGAUUGGCCAUCCCUGUGAAUCUGAGAAGCAAGAAUCAUAGUUUCCUUUUUUUUUUCUUUUAAAGAAAUUUAUUUUCUCUUCAGUAUUGAAACUAUCCAAAUCUGACAAUUUAUGCAUUAGGUAGUUUUGUUUUCUCAGUUUUGGUCCAGCUUAUUUCUAGUGGCUUAGACCUUGAAUAAUUUUAAGUUAUGUUACCUAUUUGAAAUUAUAUUUACAGAGUGCCUUUUUUAAAUAGAUGCUCUUUUAACAAAUUUUGUCAUUUUUACAAAUGAUAUAUUCUAGUUUUUGUAUAUUUUCUUAAUAAUAGUGGUGUUCUUCAGAUUUAAAUGAUAUUGCCCAGAUACGGACAAUAGAACCAGGUAUGGAGUGCAUUUAAAUAUAUUGUUUAGCUUAUUCUAAUAGGAGAAACAUGAACAAAAUAAAUUAAAACCUGACUCUCCUCAGUGAAAGCACAUGACUAGAAUCAAAAUAGUGAAUUUGGACAAUGUUGAACUUCAAAUAAUUUUCCCCAAACACCCUCUACCAACUUCUUAAUUAGGCAUAAGACAUGGACAUACAGUAUUCACAUGUUGGGUCUUUGUGUCCUGGGAAGAUAUGCCUGUCAUCACAUAUGAUAAAUAUUCAUACAGAGGUUUUAAAUCUCAAACAAGUCAUCAUCCUUGCCCCCCACCUCACCCACUCUUUAUGUAAAAACUGUUAUACUGACUUCUUUUUUCCCUGAAAGUUGAAAAAUAGAAUUUAAGAAUAUUGUAAUGCUUUCUAGUCUCUGUUUUCUAAGUUCUGUAUGUUAUUGCUAAAACAUUGCAUUUUCUAUGUUCUAAUCAAGGUCAUUUAACACCACUGUAAAGUAGAACUAUUUAAGACGUUACAAUAAAGACUAGUCUUUUU